AUGGCUCUGCAGGAUGGCCUGCAGCAGGCAGGUGGGGAGGUGCGGGGGCUGGCUGCUGGCCUUCCACUCCCUGGUCAUCCCCUUCCUCGGGCCCACCCAGCUCAUGGCCUGUGGUGCCAGGACUGCACGCUGACCACCAACUCCAGCCACUGCACCCCGAAGCAGUGCCAGCCGUCGGACACGGUGUGCGCCAGCGUCCGCAUCGCUGACCCCAGCAGCAGCAGGAAGGACCAUUCCGUGAACAGGAUGUGUGCCUCAUCCUGCGACUUCGUUAAGCGGCACUUUUUCUCAGAUUAUCUGAUGGGCUUCAUUAACUCUGGGAUCUUAAAAGUAGACGUGGACUGCUGCGAGAAAGAUUUGUGCAAUGGGGUGUCUGGGGCUGGGGGCAGCCCCUGGGCCCUGGCUGGCGGGCUCCUGCUCAGUUUGGGGCCUACCCUCCUCCGGGCUGGGCUCUGAGAUCUCCUUCCUUAAGGGCUUCUGAACUUGUUCCCUGGGACCUAUGGCUGCCCCCUCCUCAGCCUGGCUUGGCUGGGGCUGGGGCAGCGUUGGCCUGGCUCCACCACCUGUGGCCCCUGCCCUACUCCGUUUCUCUACCAGCUCUGAGUCCCAGCCAGCAGGACACCUCCAGGCCACAGGCAUCCGCUGGGUGGGCAGGAGGUCUGGGGGUGAGGGCAGGGGGCUGGGACCACCAGGUCUCUGAGGGGAAGACAGGAGGAGCCAGGCCCAGCUGAGCAGCCCAGCUGUUAGUGUCUUCUACAAAUAAAGUCACUUCUGAGUCUGGAGACCUCAGUCUGAACUUGGGGGUGGGGGCGGGGCUCCCAGCAGAGAGUUGGGAGUGAGGUGCUGAGGAAGAACAGGUGGGCACCCAGGUCUGUGGUGCUGGGCUGCCUGGGGAACCUCGGGCCUGGUGAGGAUUGAGAACAAGGGUGUGUGGGGGGGGACUUAGUGUGGAGAUGAACAGAUCACAGGGUAGGCCUGAGGGUGAGGCCUCAUAACCACAUGUGCACACUGAGGACACCAGUCACACACAGACGCAGGCAGACUCACCUUAGCUCACACAAAUAUAGUGCUGUGCACACACACAGCCCGCCCUGCCUGCAGUGUGGGACACCUGCAUACACACCCAUGCUCACAUAUUCACACUCUGACUCCCACAGGCGUGCACACACACUCACAUGUCUGGACUCCACCUCUUAACUAGAGAUUCCCAGCCCGCCCCCCUCAGGCAGGUACCCCCAAGUGCAGGGUCCUGAAGGCCAGCUCCCCAAGCAGGGGCUGAGGAAGCCCACCCUCUGUGUGGGGUGGAACAGAUGGACUGGGGCACUUUGGGUGGGGGAGGCAGGAGGGGACCCCUGGAGGUAGGUCUUAGGGUUCCACUUAUCUUGGCCCUUCCUGCUCCAACCGAGGGUCUGUGGUCCUGUCCCUGCCCGAGUCCAGCCCAGCCUUCCACACCCCCUGGCCAUGUGGCUUGUCCCGUGCCCAGGCUCACCAUGUGGUGCUCAGCGGCCACUCCAGGGCUCCUCUGGGGCCAGGUUGUCGACUGGUUCUCCCUCGUCCCUGUGCGGCUGACCCAGGCCCUGGGCACUUCUGUGUCCUGGCCUCCUUGGAAAGGACAGUGGUUCCACCAAGAGCUGGCCUUGACCUCCCCUCCCAGGUUCCUCUGAUGAGCCAUGGAGAGGGAUCUGGGGGUCCAGGGUGAGUGAACCAGAGAGAAGAGAACAGCAAGGUCACUGGAGACUGGUGUCAGUUUCCUGCUGGUGGAAGUGACCGAGGGGCUUGGUUGGGGUGUCUGUGCUCUGAAGUCUGCUCUGCCACUCUGCAAUGUACCCCAUCCUGCCCCUGCCCAAGCCUCAGUAAAGUGUGCUACCCAACGCUUGUGUCUGGUGCUUUGGGGCUGUCAGGAUGGUGCUGCUGCUGGUGACCUAGGGCAACUCA